GAACCAAGUGGGCUGUGGUGAUGUCAGAACCAAGUGGUCUUCCUUUUCCAUCUACUUCAAAUACUUCGACCUUUCCAGAAAAAUUGACGGCCUACGAAUGUGGUUUCGAUCCUUUCGGUGAUGCCAGAAGUUGUUUCGAUAUAGGAUUUUAUGUUGUUUCAAUUUUAUUUAUUAUUCCUGAUCAGCAACCUUUUCCUUUCCUUUGGCAGUAUCUCCCAACAAGAUUGAUCUGUUUGACGUGUUGUGGUCGCUCCCCCUUCCAUUCAAAUACCCACAAGAAGGGUUAUGACUUUGUUGAAGGAAAGACCCUGGGCGGUGCAUACUCUCAAGCUAUAUCAUGCUUUCCUGUGCAUUCUUCUAAUAUGCCAUAUGUCAAUAACAUGCUCUUCUAUUCUCGACCACUAUCAGUAAAAGUCAGAAUGAAUAAUUGCACUUCUGUUUUAAAGCACACAUUUGGUGGCACGCUUUCUCUAACUGCAUCACCAUGUAAUUUGAGGACUGUCUCAUUUAUAUUCUUUUUCUUCCUUUUCUCAUCUCUAUGUGGAAAUCUGGAUGUGCUACUUGCUCUAUUAGAACAAGAUUCCAGCAUAAAAAUUAAUACAUUUAAAAAAAAAUGUAAAGUUCUUUGCUUUAUGGUGCUUUUAUGUGCAAUGUGUUACCCGUUCAUUAGAUAUGAGAUCUAACUGCCUGACAUAGCAUUAUGAAGCUUACCAUUAUAAGAUAUAGCUUCUUGCAGAAAAGGGUGAGCUGCCAAUAUGAUUUGGUUCAGCAACUGUGGAGAUACUUCUUUUACAUGUCCUUAUUUUUACUGAACAUGCUCGGCUUAUUUAUUCUAGUUAAUUUGACAUAACAAAGAAGUUACUAUAUUUGCUUUGACUUCCAUUUGUGGAUUUUUCUAGACUCAUUAUGAAGUAGACGUUAAAAAUAUGAUGUCAAUUAUCUUUUUGGGGCCUACAGCUUGAUAUUUGUGGGACAUAGCUGUUGUCCUCUCUUAGUCAUACUUCCAGUGCUCAAGAGCCAGGUAUAGAGGACUCUUUCUCUUCUGUCCCUGCUCUGUGGAUUAGUUUUAGAAUAUGGAUUUUAAAAACUAGAAAUCAUUUUUUUUUCUUUUUCUCUUUUUACUUUUCAUCUUUAGUUAAUGUGGUGUGACCUCUUCAUUUGUCACUCUGAACGUUGUCUCAUAUGAAUUAUUAUAUAUUCUCUGUGCUUAUGAACUAUAUAUGGGAUGC